AUGGGACGCGUCAUCCGCAACCAGCGUAAGGGCCGCGGCAGUGUGUUCACUGCCCACACCCGCCUGCGGAAGGCCCCGGCGAAGUUCCGCCCUCUCGACUAUGCCGAGCGCCAUGGCUACAUCCGCGGUAUCGUGAAGGAGAUCAUCCACGACCCCGGCCGUGGCGCGCCCCUCGCCCGUGUCGUUUUCAGGUCGCCCUACAAGUACAAGCAGAUCACCGAGACCUUCAUCGCCAAUGAAGGCAUGUACACCGGCCAGUUCAUCUACGCUGGCAAGAACGCCGCCCUGACCGUCGGCAACAUCCUUCCCCUGUCCUCUGUCCCUGAGGGUACCGUCGUCUCGAACGUCGAGGAGAAGCCCGGUGACCGUGGUGCUCUCGGCCGCACCUCGGGUAACUACGUCACCGUCGUCGGCCAUAACCCCGAUGAGGGCAAGACCCGCAUCAAGCUCCCGUCCGGCGCCAAGAAGGUCGUCCCCAGCAGCUCUCGUGGUAUGAUCGGUAUCGUCGCCGGUGGUGGCAGGACCGACAAGCCUCUCCUGAAGGCUUCUCGUGCCAAGCACAAGUUCGCUGUCAAGCGCAACCGCUGGCCCAAGACUCGUGGUGUGGCCAUGAACCCUGUUGACCAUCCUCACGGUGGUGGUAACCAUCAACACAUUGGUAAGGCGUCGACCAUCUCGCGGUACGCCGCCCAGGGUCAGAAGGCGGGUCUCAUUGCUGCGCGGAGGACGGGUCUGCUGCGUGGUACCCAGAAGACGAAGGAGUAA